GUAUAUAUUAUAGUUUAUAAGAAUGAUGUAAAAUUGCGUAGUACCACGACGGUAUGACUAACGUGUAAUACAAUAUAAAUGCUUAUAUAAAUUAUAUACAUAUAUAUAUGGAUAAGAAAAGUGGAGAAAAAGAAAAUUAAAAACUUUCACUAUCAAGUAAAUUUGUUUUUUUUUUUUUUUGAAGAUUGAAGAAGAAAAUAAAAAACGUAUAACAUAUAGAGUUAUAAAAGAAACAAAAAACAAAAUUUAUUUUAUACAAAAGUUAUAUAAAAGUGGGGAUCUUAUAUCAUGCCUAUUGAAAUUGAUUCAAAACAUUAUGUACAAAAUUUACUUACAAAAGGAAAAGAUAUUCCAGUGGAUACAGAAAUUAAUACAGAUCAAAUAGAAUUACCACCUUGGUAUGAUGAAAAACUUUUCAGAAAGGGACAAAAAUAUUAUACACAUAAUAUAUUUGCUAUUUUUAUUGGUAUGUUACUUGGUCUAAUAGCAGUAUUAUCAAUACCAACAAUAUUAAAAAUUUUAAUAAGUACAAAAAAAUCAUCAAAUAAUAAAACAGCUUAUCAAAGAUAUAUGAGAACAAUAUAUCAUACAGUAUAUUGGCAUUGGUAUAUAUUUGGUAAUGGUAGCGAUAAAGAUGAUAUUAUUAAAAUAAGAAAUACAAAAAUAUUUAAAAGUUUAAUAUUUGUACGUAAAACACAUUUAAUAUCAUCAAAAUAUUGUUCAACAAUUGGUAAUGGUUUUAUAUCACAAAAGGAUAUGGCAUUAACACAAUUCGGUUUUAUGGGUUUUAUAACAUUAAAAGGAAAAUAUUUAGGUUUAAAACAUAAUGAUGAAACAUUAGCUGGUACAAUACAUUUUUGGCGUGUUAUUGGUUAUUUAUUAGGUAUUAAAGAUGAAUUUAAUAUAUGUACAAAUGAAUGGGAUACAACAAAAAUACGUUUAGAAAAUAUUAUUGAUGAAAUUUAUAAACCAUCAUUAACAAAUAUAAAUGAUGAUUUUAUGAAUAUGGUAAAACCAUUAAUUGAAGGUUUAUGGUCAUUUAAUCCAUUUUUAAGUGUUGAUGCAUUCUUAUUUAUGACAAAAAGAUUAGUUAAUUGUAAUGGUUAUGAAUAUUUUAAUUCAGAUUUUAAUAAUAGAAAAAUGUUACCAUUAGCAGUUGAUGGUGAAAAUAAUAGCAAUAAUAAUAAUAAUAAUGAAGAGAAUAUUAUUAAAAAAGAAUUAUAUAAGGAAAUGACAAUAUGGAAUAGAUUUGUAUUAUGGUUUACAUUAGUUACAUUACAAUUUAUUUAUCCAUUAAAAUUAUUUAAAUGGUAUUUUGAUUUUCAAAUAUAUUUAUCACUAUUCUUAAUUACAUAUAUACCAUUUUUAGCAUAUCAUAGAUUUGGUUUUAAAGAUAGUUAUGUUAGAAUUAAAUUGUGAUAAAAUUCUAAUGAUAUUUCUUUGAUCAUCAUCAUCUCUGUUAAACAGUGUUACGUGAAACAUUGCUUCUGCUACUACUUACUGCCUGCCAUUGGAUCUCUCUGUUUUGCAAAAUUGUACCAAUUAAAGAUGUUCAUUAUUCUUAGAUUUGCUUCAAUAUCUUCAAUCCAUCUCUUUUUUCGAUAAACUGUACUCUAUAAUUUCUAUAAACUCUGUUAUACGUUAUAAAUUUUAUUAGAAUUUUGAUUCACAAAAAAUGUUUACCCUAUUAGUCGAAUCACUCGAUGGGUUAUUAUUCAAAAAUCUUAUACUUUUUUUAAAUAAAAUCAAUUUUGAAAUUUUGAAUUCUAUACAUAAAAUAUAUUGUAUUCCAUAAUAUUCCAUCACUACAUGUAAUGUAACUAAUAUUUAAAAAAAAAAUUAAAUUAUAAAAGGUUUAAAUUGACCUGACAUUCAACGGGCAGUAUUAAUGUAGUACUUCAUUGUAUCUGUGAUCCAUAUUGUAAUAUAAUUAAAAGUGUAUACAAUGUAGCGGGAUCCAAAUUGCUAAAAAUGGGUUUAUGCAAUAAGAAAGCAAACAGUGUAGUGAAAAAAUCGAGAGUCACGGAUAUUUAAAAUAAAUAAAAUUUAAUUUUUUGUAAAAUAUUUAAUCUUCUUUAUUUUAUUAUUAUUACUAUAAUUAAAAUUGUAAACAAUAAAGUAAACAUUCCUUGUAAUAAAAAAAUAUACAUUUAAUAAAGAUUAAAAAUAUAAACAAAAUAAAAAUUUUUUUGAUAACCUUGACUUUUUUUUGCUUUAAGACUUUUUAAUUCUAAACGUGUGCUUCGAUAUAGGGGGCAACGAUCUAUUUAUAUUUUAAAACAAUUUCCCGUUUAAUACGUACGCUGCCGUUUAAAAUCAAAAUUAAGAAUGUAGUUAAUUUAGAAUUUUAGGUAAAAUUAAUCAAAAAUAAUCUUGUUUUUCUUUUGUUUACACUUAAUCAAUUGCUUAUUAGUCAUUUGAUAAGAAAUUUCAAAGUUUAUAUAUACAUAUAUGUCACACAACCAUGUUAAAAGAUUUUGUUAUAUAUGAUUGUAAAAA